UUUCGUUUUUCUUCACUAUAUGCUCUCUGCUCUGCUUGUGCUCGAGCGACUGCGGUGAAGUUUUUACAUGAAUCUGAGUCUCUGAACUGGCUUCGUUCAUUGGUUCGUCAAUCAUCUCCUCGGCUGCUGCCGGUGCUUCUGAGCGCCAGCGCUGUGUCGAACGAUCUGCGCGCCUCGAGGUCUGCUUUCUACAUACGCCCCGCCACGUACUAGGGAAGCGUUAUACAUAACAAUGGCUCUUUCGGACUAUAUCGUCACGGAUGACCUCACCAUCAUCCUCGGUCUUGUCGCAGCAUGCCUUUUUCUCCUGCAUAAUCUGUACAAACCGCAGUCGCUUGUGCACCCCAUCCUUCUUGGGAGACAGAGCGAUGCCGCACGAGUCAGGCAUCCAGGAGAGAGUGCAAUCUAUCGCAAUUAUGGUACAGGUAUGAUGGGAAAGUUCCCUGUGAGGCCGUCGAAAGAGCAGCUAGUCCUGCUUGAUCUCGUAAAAGCGGACUCAGAUGCUCCACGUACUCUGUGGUCAACAAGGAUCACCAAUCCCGAGUUGAGAGACCGGGUGGCAGCCUUUGGCACUGGCCUUAUCAACUCAACGAAGCUCAUCCCUCAGGAAUCCAAUGUGCUCUUGUUGUUGAAUGAUGGUAUUGAGUUCCUCAUUGCUGACCUUGCGCUCGCCUCCUACGCGAUACCCUCUUUCGUGCUCACUUCUGCAUCUCUUCUAUCCUCAGUCCUUGAGUCUCACCCUCCCUCGGUUAUAAUCACGGAUACUAGCCUGCUCUCAGCUCUGUUGGAGCUUCUCUACGACUCGAACGAUAGCGCUCGUCCCACGAUCGUCGUCGUAGGAGCUAUCAAUAACAAGGAGAUCCCCGGUUCUGAGCAGGCACGCCUGCUAAGAUGGGAAGACAUCGAGCGCAGCGGUGCUAAGAGCGAGAAGCUGCCAUUUGCGAGCCCUAACCCGCGGGACGUUUUUACUGUGUCUUUCUUCUCAUCGCCCUCAGGAGAGCUGGCAGGUACACAGCUUACACACGAAAACCUGACUGCUGGGGUGGCGGCCGUGUGCAACUUGCUCCCGAUGUCGACCGCGAUGACGCCAUUGGACACCGUCGUCUCUGCAUUCCCCAUGAGUACCCCUUACGGACGGGCGGUGGCGUAUACCGCGAUCAACGAAGGUACCAGCUUCGCCACGCUGAACAGCAGCAAGGUCUUCACCGAAAAUGGAGAUAUCCCGGUGGCCGACCUGGCCGAUGUGCUCUCGGUGAACACCUUGCCGAUUCCUUCUCCGACUGUCCUUUUCAUCAAGCCUCAGCACCUCACUUCAAUGACAGCUGCUAUACUGGGAGAGGCGCGCAAGUCCAGCCUUCUCUAUUCCGUCGCUUGGCGCCACAAAAAUGCGUCGUUAUCGGAGGGAUACAUCACGAAGCAGAGCCUUUGGGACAGACUCAUGUUCGAUACCGCCCGCGCGAAGGUAUUGGGCAAGGGCGCGGGAACUAUUAGGGCCACAAUUGUCAGCGGCGGCAUCUUCGAGGGGCAAUCUCUUGUGCCGGCGCGGAUCGCACUGUCGGUCCCCGUCGUUCAUGUGCAUACCCAUCCGUUGGUCGCUGGACCCGUAUUCGCGUCGCAUCCGCUCGAUCUGCAGACUUUCCCACAGGAACCAGCGUCUGUUUCUGCAUCAGCCUCGGAUGCGUAUGCCUUUGCGUAUCUCGCGUCGGUCGGUCCACCCGCUGUCAACAUGGAAGUGAAGAUGAUGGGCGUUGAUGACAAUGCCAUUGAGAAUGGCGCUGAUCCGUGUGGGUUGCUGUAUGUGCGUGGACCAAGUGUAGGCAGACUGCUGGGUAGCAACGACGACGCCAGCGAGGAUGCGGACCAGUGGGUGCAAACCGGUCAGCGCGCAAAGGUCGCCGCCAACGGUACAUUCAAGGUUGCAGUGCAAGACAGCAAGUCGAAGUAGUGUUACAUCGAUGUGUUACAGUCAUUGUACCUUACUUGAUAUUGGAAACUUGCAGACUGGUUCUCAUGUGCUCUGUGCUACUCAAAUGUAUGUACAGUAUUCACUGCGUUGACUCCUCACUGUUGGCUCCUUGUAUUAUAGACCGUGCGUUCGUCCCUUGACGUGAAUAGCACUGAAUUUUGGGCGCAUUGUUGUCUGCCUUGACUGGCCAAAGAAAAGUCGCGAGUGGC